AUGGAUGGGAUUUUUGGUCCAUGCUCUUAUUUGGAUAUAAUUUUUUCUCUUGCCUUACACCAGGGGCGAGGAACAAACACUCAUGCGCAUACUCAUAGUGUAAACGAAGGUCAUCACGUCUUUCUCAAUCUAGAGACGCGUCGAUUCUACUGUCUUCCUGACAACUACGAAAUCAUGGAUGGAUCUUUGGAGGAUAUCACAUACCUUCUAAAUCCAACCUUCUCAAAGAAACAGAUAUGCGAAUUGGAUUCAUGUUGCAAAAUGGUUCGUGCUAUCAACGGACUUACCUACUAUCCAGGUUUAGUCGGAUUAAAUAACAUUAAGGCAAACGAUUAUUGUAAUGUCGUCCUCCAACUUCUUAGUCAUAUCAGUCCCUUGCGCGACUUCUUUUUAUGCGAAGCUAACUAUUCCGGUCUUCUUGAGCUUCGACCGGGGGGAGAUCCGAUGCGCCUACUUAUGCAGCGUUUUGGUGAGCUAAUGCGCAAACUCUGGAAUCCACGUCACUUUAAGACUCACGUU